AUGUCAACACCACGGCAGCGAGUGCGGCCGUCCAACUCGCCAAUGCACUCCUCAAAAGCCCAAGCACAUCGCGAAGCUUCCUUGAACGCCUUGACUGGAAACACUCCUCGAUCACCUGCAUCCACAGCAACAAUGGCCGACUCUCCCGUCAUCUUGGGCGAUCUGGUUAAUGUGCCGGGCGACAUGUAUGGCACUGUCAAGUUCGUCGGCCCUGUCAGGGGCAAGCAGGGAAAAUUCAUCGGUGUUGAACUGGCUAGUGAAUUUGCUGCCAGAGGAAAGAACGAUGGCGACGUCGAUGGCAUUCGCUACUUCGAUACCGAUAUUCCUGGUGCAGGCAUCUUCUUGCCCGUUCAUCGUGCAGAGAAGCGCCAAUCGCCCGCGCGCCCUCGUCCAGCACAUCCUGGCACCCCUACUACACCUUCACACUACCGCCUGGACUCGUACACGCCUCCCACAGCUGCUAUGCCCAAGUUUUCUCAGUCCAUGGGCCCUGGUGCCCGUCCUCCCAGUCCUCUCUCGAAACUCAAGUCCCGCCGGCCAUCGCUGCCUCGCCCAGAAUCUCCCUUCCGCAAACAACCCAACCUGGCUCCCACUCCGGCUCGCAACUUUUCCAUGAGCCAGAGAUCUGCUGUUCCUCCACGCUUCACCUCGAGCCCAGCACCGCCAUUGACUACGACUCCUCGUGCAGCUAGCCGCUCAGCCGCCCCUUCGCGCCCAUAUUCACGCACUGGCUCUCGUGCAGGAACUCGCACAGACACUCAACGUCCAUCCACUAGCUCUGCCGCCUCGAUUGCUAGACGCUCUCCGUCACGACAGAUCGUUGUGGACCAAGAAGGCGAGGUUCAGAAACUGUUGGCUCAAUUGGAAGAGAAAGACAGACAACUGCAAGAACAGGCUGGAUCACUUGCCGAAAUGGAGGCUAGCCUGAAAGAAAUUCAAGAGCUGAUACCUGCCGAUGGUAACGACCGUGAUGCCGAAGGCAGCUCUGACAUAUUCGAGUUGCGUCAAGCUGUACACGACAGAGACGACAAGAUUCAGUCUCUCAUCGACGAAUUCGAUGCUCACCGUGCCGAUUUCCGCAGUACGAUAGAUACCUUGGAGCUUGCAUCAGCCGAAACCGAACGGGUCUACGAGGCAAAGAUCGCCGAUCUACUUGCUGAAAUACAAGAAUUGCGCGAGCUCGGCCACAGCCGUGAAGACGUCGAAAAUGUUGCUCGCCAGCUUAAGGGCCUGGAAGAGCUUGUUGCCGAGCUCGAGGAAGGUCUGGAAGAUGCUCGUCGUGGUGAAGCAGAAGCUCGAGGAGAGGUUGAGUUUUUGAGGGGAGAAGUCGAAAGAGGACGUAGUGAGCUAAGACGUGAGAGAGAAAAGGCUGCCAAAGCACUACAAGGAGCCAAAGAGGCAGAAGGUCAAACUUCUAGAGACAAGGAUGUCGAAUUGAAGGAUGAUGAGAUCAGAGGUCUCAAAGCCAUCAUACACUCUCUCAGUUCUGGACCGGAUGCAAGUCCUAUGGCACGGCAGAGCCCAGCAUCUGGACGUUUUGCUGAUCCUGAGGAGCUGAAGAGGACCCAAGCGACUGUGCAACAACUCGAGCGUGAGAAAUCGGAGCUCCAGGGACUGAUCGAUCGAAAGGCAUUCAGAGAAGAGGAAUUGGAGCGCGCAGUCGAGCAAUUAAGGCGAGCAGCGGAGCAAGAGAGGGACAGCAUCAUGAACACCGAAGCAGCUGCAGAGGGAAUGUCGCGUCAACAGUUGUCGAAGUCGCCUGAAGCCACCAGAUCUCCUACACGUUACAGAUCGCCAAGAAAGGACGAACAGAGAACGCGGUGCGAAGUAUGCGACACACCUGGACAUGACAUCUUGACCUGCCCGAACGUUGAAGGCGCCAAUGGCAACGGAGUGCACGACGGCCCUGAUCGUGAGACGGAGCAUAAUGAAUUAGAAGAUGAACUGUCUAACCAUAUGCGGCACCUGAAUGUGUCUGCACCUACCAAAGACAAGUAUAACGACAAGCUCGAGGCGCCUGCGCCGCUAUCAUUGAGAAAGACCUUGAGUAACAACAGCAACAAUGGUGCAGAGCAGAGCAAGGAAACUCACGACGCACCCACAGCAGCGAUCGACGCUGACAAAUGGUGUGCGCUUUGUGAAAAAGAUGGCCAUCUAGCAUUCGACUGUCCUGAUGAGCAAUACUAG